AUGCCGGAGCUGGCCCGCCGAUAUAUGCAGCCAGGGCGAGAGGUGAUCGUCCGCUACGACACCGAGCGCCGCCUGUGGCAUCGACGGACGCUGAUAGAGCCAUGCGACGCAGUGGUGCUGGCCCGCGUGAGGGGCGAGCCAGCAGACGACCCCUCCGCUCUCAUCAUGUGGGUGUGGACGCCGACUGGGGACAUCUACCCGGAGGAGCUGAGCGUGCCGCCGCUCCUCGGCAUCGCGCCCUGCGACCUCGAGGGGACGCCUAUGCGGGAGGCCUGCCUGGGUCCUCCAUCUCACUGGGGACGGCUGUUCGAGUCUGGACAGGUUUUUCGGCCAGCACAAUACGAGAGAGCUCGAGCAGUCUGUCGAGCACAGAAUCGUGGUCAAGUGGUUCCGCAUCCGGACGCAGAGCCUCUUCUGGACGACGACGGUGAGCCUGACGACGGGGGCGGUGCCCUCGCGCCUGUGGGCGCGGCAGCUGUCGGCGGCACCUUGACGCCGCAGGCACCGCCCGCCUCCACUUCGGAGGAUGUCAGGAUUCUCAAGAUCGCAGACGAGCUUGGAGUCACGUUCGGAGGAGGCCGUCUUCCUGCCCCAGAAGGCCGCUGGGUCGACGUCAGCUCCGCCAACGGUCUGGCCCUCGACUCGCCGAGCGGGGACGCCUGGGUCGUUGGGCCGGAGUUCGGCAUGCUGCUGAAGGACGGCACGCUGCGGCCCAUUGCGGACCGCGGGGCGGGGCCGGUCGACCAGGGCGACGACGGCGGGGAGGCGGAGCUCGACGCACGCAUCCUCGAGGUGUCACGGGACCGAUUGGGCAAGCGUUUCAAGGAUUUCAAGAUCGCUGUCGACCUGGUCACGGAGACGGCGUGGGUUUCAUGGCCCUUGACAGGGCCGCGGACCACAAAGUGGUGUUUGCAGUUUAUUCUUCAGACAAACGGUCACCCGAGGGCUCGGCAUUCAUGGUGGAAGUCGACGUGCUCGCUCUCUAUUGCUGAUCUUGGAGUUUCAGAUCAUGAGACGGCCAUGAAGGCCUUGGAGUACGCUCUGACCUACGACCAAGUCAACGCCGCGGAGGUAUCCUUCGUAGAACUCCUCCUGCGGCGGGCCCAGCUGGCCGAGUACCGCUACAAGCAUAGGCUGUUCAGGACAGACGGCCAGGUCGACGCUCUCCUGCAGGACGAGUUUCUGCACCUCGGGGUCGGAGAGACGCGUGGGCAGCUGAUGCUUUGUCCACUGUUGGAGGAGUUUGUGGCGUCGGAGCUCCACCGCGAGAGCACGAUCGCGAAGGAGUCGAGGAAGCUGAACGAGGAGAGGAGGCUGCAGGCAGGUCAGGCUUCUCAUGUCCAUCGACCCCUCGUGGAUGCUGCGGCUGGCCUCCUGACGUUCCCGGACGGCCCUGGAGGCAAGGGCAAGAAAAAGGCUGAGCGAGCUGCCGAGCGAAUCCUCACCGACGUCUAUCGGGCCAUGCCUCCGCCUCCCUGCACCGCCGCGCAAGCCCUCAGCGAGCUUGGCGGCAGCCGCCCGGGCUACGCGGACAGCGACCCCAGGCGCAACUUCCAGCCCGACUUAGUCUCCUUGCCCUCGGUGGGCGGCCUGGCGGACGGCGAGCAGGACCAGGUGCGUUACAGUAACUUCGCCAUGCAAAUGCUGGAGGCCGGUCUGGUCACCAUACGUGCUGAGCGCCCAGCUACGGUUGGCAUCUUCUUCGUGGCGAAGAAGGACGGGCGCUUGCGUAUGAUCCUGGACACCAGAGCGGUCAACGACCUCUUCGACGAGCCGGCGCACUCGCGCCUGCCAACUCCUGCGUCAUGGGCCUCCGUCGAGAUCGGGCUCACGGACGACCUUACUUUGUCCCAGAUGGACGUUGACAACGCCUUCUAUCGCUGCAAGGCGCCGCCCGGCGUCUCGGACUUUUUCGCGCUGCCCCGGGUUUCUGCUCGGCACCUUCAUCAAGCCAACGGCAAGUUGGCAACCGGGCUUGGCGUGACCGCGACCGGUUACGUCACGCCUCACCUUGAAGUCAUGGCCAUGGGCUGGUCUUGGGCUCUUUACUUCUGCCGGGCAAUGGCGACGGCCAGCGCGCUCCGCGCGGGCGUGCCGACGGAGGCCUUCCUGCUCGACAAGAAGCACGCGCCCGACAUCGCUGGCGACAAGUUCGGGGCUGCGAUCUACGUCGACAACGCGGGGGUUAUCGGCGCCUGCGACGACGUCGUCAGCGACAUGGCCAAGAGGCUCUACGCCCAGCUCGCGGCGGACGGGCUCCAGCGCAAGGAGCUCGAGCACGGCUUGCCCGAGGCCCAGUUCACGGGCAUGACGCUCGACCGGGCCUCAGGACGUAUUUCAGUCGGCCACCGCCGUUGUUGGAAGGUGCGCCUGGCCAUCGCGGCCAUCCUCGAGGACGGCUUCGUCUCGGGGAAAAUCUUGCAUCGCAUCGUAGGGCGCUUCAUUUGGUCGGCUAUCUUGAGAAGGUGCUUACUCAGUAUCCCGCACUCGAUCUAUCGCUUCAUAGAGGUGGCUGGCGACUCACGCAUCAAGAUCUGGCCUGCGGUCGCCCGAGAGCUCCGUUGGACGAUGGCGCUGCUGCCGCUGGCUCACACGGACAGCAAGAGGCCCUGGAGCACGCAGGUCGUUGCGACGGACUCCGAGGGCGCCAACGGCCCGGAGGUGCGCGCCUCGCUCCAGGCUGCUGUCGAGGCGCUCGCCCGAGCCAGCGGCGACCCAGACGCCCCGCCCGAGUUCGACGACGGGCUCUGCUACCAGGACGAAGCUUCGAAGGCGCGCAGUUUCGGCCAGUACUUCCUGGAGGUUAACAAGGUGACACGUCCUUCUGCCUUGAUGUACGACAGGUACUCUCGGGACUUCCAGACCUGGACCAGCAACGACGGGCUGCCGCUGAACGCCAGCGAGGACAUCUCCUUCGCGAUGCUCGAGUACCUGGAGGACCUCUACUUCCAGGGCCACAACCACGACUCGGGCGAGAAGGUAAUCGCGGCGCUGGAAUACAGGACCCCAGGCAUCCGCAGCGCGAAGGUCCUCGAGCGGGCUAAGAUCGCGCUGAAGGGCUUCAGGAGGCUGGCUCCUGGUCUCAGUCGGGCGCCUCUGCCGUGGAUCGGCCUGCGUGCCCUAGUGGGCGCGGCCCUGCACAUCAACGAGCUGGAGUUCGCGCAGUGCCUGGUGUUCCUGUUUCGGACGUACCUGAGGCCCAGGGAGCGCCUGGGGCUGCGGGUGGAUCAGCUCGUUCCUCCGCCCCCCGGCUCGGGGACCAAGUUCUGGGCGCUGCUGCUGGCGCCCGAGGAGGAAGCCAUCCCCACGAAGACCAAGGAGUUCGACGAGAGCAUCCUGUUGGACAGUCCCGAGCUGGUUUGCCUCUACCCACGCUUCUCAACCUUGAAGAAGCGCUCAGGCCGGGACAAGUUCUCGAGCCUGUUCAAGCGCGUGUCAGAGGCUGCGGGCCUGGGCCAGGCCAACCUCCACCCGUGCAUGAUGCGGCACGGGGGGGCCAGCGACGACGCGCUCAGGCAGACCCGCUCCCUGGAGGAGAUCAAGCGCCGCGGCCGCUGGGCCGCGGACACAUCGGUCAAGAGGUACGAGAAGCAUGCAAGAGUUCUGAAGUCGCUGGAGUGCCUGCCCAAGCCUGUGCGGGACUACGGCUUGGCCAUCGAGAGCCAGCUGCACCUGCUGCUGGCCCUGCAGGCCAAGCCGCCUCCGCCACCCGGGCUGGGCAGGAAGCGACUGCACGGGAAGGGAUGA